AUGAAAGCCAGGCAGUGGCCAGAGACUGCAGCUGCUUUGAAACAAACAAUAGAAGCCCCGAUGGACAGAGGAGCCACAGUGAGGAACUUGCAGAGCCUGGGUGAGCAAGCGCUGUCUUGUAAGCUCUCCGCCCACAGUCAGCAGCACAGGAAAGGCGGGUAUUUCUUGGUGAAUUUUUAUGCACCAACAACUAUUGAAAGCAUAAGGGAGCACUUAUCUCGAGACGUUGGUGUGAUCAGAUCAUAUGUAAAACUCCCUCUGACCCAGGAAGUCAAAAGAGUGUGA